AUGGGCAAUGGCGCGUGGAGACGCGGGGAGGGCGACAUCGACGUGACUUCUAUGGAUGAGGCGGUGGAGAGGUGCGGCAUGUCAUGGACGCGGCGAUGCGCUCCAACCCAUGUUGUGUUUAAAGAGGAAGGAGUAAUAACCACUGUUGACUCCAACGUCGGCAAGUCAGAUCGCAGCGAGAUGAAAGUCACAGGAAAACGCAAAAGGAAUGCACAACACUUGCAAGAAAAUUCGGCGUUGUGCAAAGUUUGUGUAAACGAUAAAUCUUUUAUUGUGAGGCUGGUCCCCUUGAUUUUAAAGAUCACAGAAGCUGACAGUGAAGGAUAUAUAGCAAUCUUCCAGCCAAAACCAGCUGACUGGCUCAAAAUUAAGGACAAAUUCCUUAGUUAUGAGGACUAA